UAAUAGGGGGUUUCACGCUUGGGAAUUUCUGCUUUUUAACAGCCGAAAAACCGCAUUUCUUCCGCAAGAAAUGCAAAAAUUUCUAGUCAAGAAAAGCACUUUCUGAGCUGCUUUUCUUGCAAGAAAUGCGCUUUUCUUGCGCUUGUGACUUGCAAAUUCUGGGUUGGGAUGGAACUAUCAUUUUUACACGCGUAAGACGCGUCGAAAUAAACUCUACUCCUUUCUGCUCAAUAUGACAAACGAACACACCACAAAUGCAACCACCACGGUCCAUAAUGAGACUUCAUCUGUAGGGAAAAAGACACUAACGUUACCUUUCAUUUAAAUGAGUUAAAGUUAACUUCGGUAUCUUUUGUGUACAAAAGGCCAGCCGAGAUCACACUUCAAAUGAAGUAUGUGAAGUAAUGGUCAACUGGCUUACCAUUCGUGAAAACUUCGAGAAGUGGUCAGGCGCAGGCGAGCAGUCAGCACCAGGCAUAAAAAAGAAAGGAACGAAAACAGCCGCAUACACUGAGAUGGCCGCGGCUAUCAAUGAGAAAACUGGCGUUGGUUGGGACUGGCAGAAAACGAAAAGCCGUUUCGAAAGUUACAAGAGACGGUAUAUCAGUAGCAAAAGAAAGUCGGAAGCUUCUGGCUUUGGCAGAGAGAUCAGCCAAAAAGAACGUAAAAAGGGCAUAAAAAAUAUUGUUGACAAACUCAAUCAUAUGUGCCCCUACUUCUAUGAGAUGGAUUCAAUCUUUGGCCAAAGGGAGAAUAUCAGCCCAAGCACGGUUUUGCAUGCUGGCCUUCCGCCAUCGAUCUCUGCACUUGCGGCCACUCUUGUGCCAGCUACUGAGUUACCUGCAGUAGAAACUGCAGUAGCAGCAACACCAGUACCAACAACAGCAACUGAAGAAUUGCCGACGAAUCAUGUUGUCGACGAAAACGUGCCUUGCUCCUCGUUCUUCGAACAAGCAGAUGUCGACAGCGAGACACAAGAAAUCACUGUCGACAAUUUCGAAGAGUCUAUGGAACGAUUCUUGGAGCAGGCUGCACCCAGUCCGGAGCCCCAGAAUGAGGAGGUGAACAGCAUUGCUUCCAGCAGGGUAAAAAGCGGCUCUGACGAUGACGACGAUAAUGUGCCACGCGGCAGAAACUUUACUGCCGUUUACUCGGUCAAUGAAGCCAAACGACGCAAGUUAGAGUCGAAAAAGCUCAAGCUCGAGCAUGAGAGACUGCAAUUGGAGAAGGCGCGAUUGGCAGAACAGAAACGUGCGUCCCAGGCACAAGAACAGCAGACUUACGCUAGUGACAGGACCAAGUUUUUCAUUGAGCUGUUGAAACUUGGAAAGACUGCUGACGAAGCCAAACAGAUAAUUGAAAAUGUAUACGAGUAGUCACUGGCAUUUUAUGUAUAAACAAAAGUUUAUUGUCUAGAUGUAAAAUCAACUACAAUGUUUUUCACGAGGUCUCUUUUCCCUUCUGCGUCUGAAAGCUGUGAUGAUGAGCUAUGCUCAUUGCUUCCAUUAUCGUUUUCGGUGUCCGGAUCCCAUUUAUCAUUGCGUCGGAAGAGAUAGUUGUGGAGAAGACAUGUUGCAACGAUAAUAUUGUUUAGCUUUUCGAAUUCGUCCUUGGAUCUCAGUUGCAAUGGGACAUUCUUCAAAAAGCGCCACCUUCCUUUCAAGAUACCAAUCGUAUUUUCAACAGCCACCCUACCUGAUGCAUGCUGGAAGUUGAACGUUUCGUAAUCCUUGUGCAGUCGGGC